AUGGGCCCAACGAAAGGACUUCCGCCGUACGCAAGUGUGCUGGUGAAGCAUGGAUCGGUAGACAGUAGAGACAACGACGAAGAAAAGAGAUCAAAGCUCUUGCGUCAUCUUGGAAAUGGAUGUGAGGCUAUAAAUAGAGCCCCGGUUCAACCCGGACAGAAUAUUUCCUCCUACUCAAGCUUUCCUGGUGCUCCAAUGCCGACUCCUCUUCUGCAAACGAGCAAUUUUCCAUCGGGGUUUGGCAGUGAACUUCCUUUGCCCUCCGUUUUGCGAGCAAACGCUUCUCUCCACUCUCUUGGCUUUGGCUCCCCAACCAACGCAUCCAUGACAAGCACGGGUCAUCCUUUGAUUGGCCAAUCCAUGUUCUCGACGCCAAUACAUGGGUGCUUCUCCACAAGUGAUAGAGGAAACGACUCCUCGAGCACAUUAGCUAUUCUGUUGCCCGUUUCAGAAUCAAUGUCCGCGUCGAGUCUUGGAAUCGACAGCACACUUCUCCAGUGCGCUGACUAUGCGCGCAGCGCUGAUGACUUCCACCUAGAACAUCAAAUACAGUCAAUUACAGCUGCUUCUUUGUUAGAUUUAACACCCUCUCUUUCUCACCAAGAAUUUCAAACCUUCGUCGAGAUCUCCGAGAAUCAUAGCGCUAGUCGGCCCACGUCAAAUAGCAGACUCUUGAGCAAACGAGAUUCGAUCUUGUCUACAGAUAUCCAGAAAGAGAAGCGACAGAGGCCAUUUACAUGUGCCGACGCGAUUGCCCAUGCUGCUACCGAGAACACGGGAAUCGCAAUCCGUAGUCGACGAUUGUUUGAGCAGGUUCCCAAAACAGUAAAGCCUUGCAAGUGCAAGAACACGCACUGUCUGAAGCUGUAUUGCACCUGUUUUCAGAAGGGAUCAUUUUGCGAUCCAGACAUUUGCAAAUGCAUCGAUUGCUACAAUUUGAGGGAAUUCAACGAGACCGGGGGCAAGCGACAGGAAGCUGUUUCUGAAAUCUUGUUACGGCGCAUUGACGCCUUUGAAUCCCGUCCAAAGAAAAAGACUGGUGAAGGAUGUGCUUGCAAAAAGAAUCGGUGUAGCGCCGCAUGUGGCAAUAAUCGGUUCCCGGCGAUUGAAGACAAUCUAUCAAACGAAGAACCUCCCAGUCCAUAA